GUUUCCAAGUCUUCCCCGUUGAAGCUGUUCUUCACGAGAGUCAAAUUUUCCCGUUACACGUCGGUACCACUGAUUAGCAGUAAGUAGGAUUAAACGCGAUUUCUAAACAUUGUUUCACAUUUCACACGGAUUCAGCAUUAAAACUCUUGGAAAUUCUGCAACCCCAAGUCGGCCCGCCCGCCCCUUUUUCACCUCAUAUUCAACAACUCCCUCUUUUGUUCUUUUUACCCACUCCCGCUAUCGCCCUCGCUAACUAAAAUCAUGGGGAAACAAAACCCCAGCAAGGGGGUGGAGAGAAUGCCAAAUUUCUCGCCUUAGACUUCGUUUUUGUCUGAUUUCUCUUGGUUUUUGUUCGAAAAGAUUUCUGGGUUUUGCUGGGAAUUAGCUUCUGAAAAAUGGGUAAUCGCCUAAUUUGCAAGUCAAAGAAGGAUGUGAACGAGAAUGGGUCUAAAAGCAGGAGAAUGGGUCGGUCGCAGAGGAAGUUGCAGAGUGAGGAGGAGUUUUUGCAGAAGCAAGCUCUCUCGUUGGCUCUUCAACAGCUCCAAUUAUCACAGAGGUUCGAUGGAUCGACUUCCAAAAGAGUUGGUUCAACAAGCUCUCGGAGACGUAAUCUCUCCGAUCCAUUCUCUAAUGGGAAACAGAGUCAGAGCAAGAGAGAUUCAAAGUUGUAUGGAGCAGAUGUAACUUCAGGCGAAGCAAAUCUGCAGGCACCAGAAUUUCUGGAAAAUCUGAAAGCAAAAAAAUUUGUUUUAAUUCAUGGUGAAGGGUUUGGAGCUUGGUGCUGGUACAAAACGAUUUCUCUACUGGAGGAAGUCGGAUUGUCUCCCAUAGCCAUCGAUCUCAAAGGUUCCGGUAUUGAUCUAACAGAUACAAACAGGGUGAAUACUCUUGCAGAGUUUUCAAAGCCAUUGACUGAUUAUCUACAAGAUCUUCCUGAUGAUGAAAAGGUUGUUCUAGUAGGUCACAGUAGCGGAGGCGCUUGUCUUUCUUAUGCAUUGGAGCAUUUUCCGAAUAAGAUAUCGAAAGCAAUUUAUAUCUGUGCGACGAUGGUGGCUACUGGCCAGAGACCUUUUGAUGUGUUCAUGGACGAGCUUGGAUCUGAAGAGACUUUUAUGAAAGACUCAAAACUUUUUAUCUAUGGGAAUGGAAAAGAUAAACCUCCUACAGGGUUCAUGUUCGAGAAAGAGCAAAUGAAGGGGUUGUACUUCAAUCAGUCUCCUACAAAGGAUGUUGCAUUGGCAAUGGUUUCCAUGAGACCUUUCCCACUUGGUCCAAUCAUGGAGAAGCUUUCACUGUCCCCCAAAAACUACGGGACCGGGCGACGAUUCUUCAUUCAAACACUGGACGAUCACGCUCUCUCGCCUGAUGUUCAAGAAAAGCUGGUCAGGGAAAACCCACCUGAAAGAGUUUUCAAGAUCAAAGCCAGUGAUCACUGCCCUUUUUUCUCUAAGCCUCAGUCACUUCACAAAAUCCUCCUGGAAAUUGCUCAAAUACCAUAAACUAGCCUCUCUCUCUCAUAGAAAGAACAAAGUGAAGAAUUUUUUUUUCUUUUUUUCUUUCUUGUUUUCCUUUUUAAGUUAUUUAUUUAUAGUAGAACCAAAAAAAGGCUGGACGGAGAUCAGUCAUCUUCUGGUGUUAGAUAUUUCUAGUGAUAUAAAAGGAAAAUCAUUAUUGUUCUUGUAAAAA